GUUUGGGUCUCUUGUCAGCUGUUGGCCGUGAGGUGUGAGUGAGGGAGCUGCUGCCCGGCCAAGGUCCCCUUGCCACUUCCUGGCCCUCGUGCACGCCCUGCUGGGUUCCGGGUCAGUGGUGGACGUUCAGAGGAAGGAAGAGCUGCAGUACAACAUGAGAGUGGAACAGAAACCUCUGGUGACCAUUGAGGAUGCAGACUCCCCUUGCAAGCAGCAGACCUUCCUGCACACACUCUCACCGAGGAAGUGUUGGCGCAGGAGACCCACUCGGGAAUUGUCCAGCUUGCCUUUGUGUUCACUCAAGCAGUUAAAGGAAGAUCUUGACACCAUAGUCCAAGAUGCAUCGCAGGAGCUGGUGGCCUUAUUACAGGAGCGCCAGGGGCUGCAGGAGGAGGUGGAUAUCCGCAGUAUCACCAUUGAGCAGCUCCUUAAGUUUGCUGAAAAGCGGCAGCUGCAGCUAGGAGAACCUCUUGCAAUACAGAUGAGUGUGGUGCAGAAUCGUUGUCCUGACACAGCCUCUGAAAGUAGGUUGUGUUAGGAUCCGGUAUAGCUCAUGGUUUUUAUCUGCAGUUGCUCCCUCUCGUUAGAGGUUGUGGUAGCUGUGGGAACAGUGGUAAUUCACAUUACCUCAAGGCUAAGAUGACAACUUGCUUCGGUUCAGUAACUGAUUGUUUUUUAAAGUUAUGAUUUGUACUGAAUUUUGUUGUUAUAUUUAGGUCUUGUUAUCAUUGAUUUAUAUUUUUGAAUUAUAUUUAUUUUUCUGCUAGAGAAGAAAGAGAAGAAUAGUCUUGUUCUAGUAUAUUUUCUUUAAAAAAAAUUAGAGAUCAGAUAGAUUUAUGCCCUGUGUUAGACACCCAAAUUUAAAAUUGCUGCCUAAUAUUUUAGAGUAGGUUUUAAUUCAUAGUACAAUAUGAUUUUCUAAUUUAGAGAAAAUCUAAGUUAGGGGGAAUGGAUUGCUAAGGCAGUGGUUUUGUAACAAUGCUAUGUUUGGUAACCUGUUUUUGUUAUCUUAACUGGUUUAUGGUUAGAAAGAGUGAGUAGGCAUAUGGAAAAUUAAAAGAAUAGUUGAGGAGGCUCUCAGCCAUUUAUUUUUACUUAUUUUUAUUUAUUUAUUUAUUUUUUCACACAUUCUAGAUCCUGUUCUGUAUCACAGCAAUUAAAAGAUAAGUGUCUGAAGGCUCAUUAGUGUGAAUGGAUGUAUGAUCCAUUUCUUAGUCAUUGAUCUACUGCAUUUUUUUUUUUUCCAUAAAAAAAUAACUGAUCAUUACAUCUUGGAAGAUGAGAAUAUGUUAGCCACUCAUACUAUUGUAAGUAAUAUCUCAUAAUAAUAUAAGUUAUAUAUAAAUUUGAUGGAAGGGAUCACAUAGCCAUUCACACAUCUUGUAUGUGCCUUGACUUCCCAAACCUAUAUAUACCAGGAGUGAUGUAUUGACAAGGUUACUUCACAUGCCUUACAUUAUGACCAAUAGUAACACAAGGGGUCACUAUGAUGUACAAUAAGUAGGAAAUGUAUUGACAACUCUUAAGCACAUGACAAUAUGAAAUGUAGGUUGACCAUUUAAAAACCUCCAUGAUAGCUAUUACUACACUACUAUAUAUAUAUAUAUAUAUAUAUAUAUAUAUAUAUAUAUAUAUAUAUAUAUAUAUAUAUAUAUAUAUAUAUAUAUAUAUAUAUAUAUAUAUAUAUAUUCAACUCACUAGUGUUCCAUCCCAUUAUGGGGUGUUUGUGAUAUUUUCCUGGAUGACUGUUCUUGUGUAAACAAUUCUUGUCACAUUUACUUCAGGAUGGAUUCAGUACAGGACUCCCCAAGCAUUCUCUUUUCACUUAUCUUGAGAUAUUCUGGCUUCAUGGAGGAAAAAAAUAUUUAAAAAGAAAGCAUUUAAUGUUCUCAUUGGUGAGCUGAUUGUGAUGCAAAAUUGCCUCCAUAGUUGUGCAUGGUAUAAGAUAUUGGAACUCACAUUCUGAUGUUACAGGCUGUCAAUUUUUCAGCAUCAGAUUGAUUUUUAUUUAUUUAUUCUUUUUUUAUCUGAAACCUGGCCAAUGUCAGAUUAAUUAGUUACAUCGCUGAUUGUCUACCACAAAAAAGGCCUCACCAAUUAACGUCAGAGUUUUGUUCAUACUCAAGAAAGUAUGACACAUAUCUCUGUGGCAUUAUUGUAGUACACCAUCACUUGAUAAAAUAUGUGUUUUGUAGAAAAUAAGAAUUUGCCAGAAAGAAACACAUCAUUCAGUUUUAUAUGAACCACUCUGAAAAUUAACUGAUUCCUGAAUAAGACUGUAAAGCUUGAUGAAGGUUCUAUUUGUUUCAUGUCCUCCAUAAAAUACAGACAUUAGCCAUCUGGCUAAUUAAUCAGUUUGAUAUUGAAGGUAUAACAUUACAGGUUUAGUUAUGUGAACAGAAUGCUGAUAACAACAUUAGGUGCACAAGAUUGGCACACACUGUGUAUAUAUAUAUAUAUAUAUAUAUAUAUAUAUAUAUAUAUAUAUAUAUAUAUAUAUAUAUAUAUAUAUAUAUAUAUAUAUAUAUAUAUAUAUAUAUAUUUUUUUUUUUUUUAGGAAGGUCUCUAAAAUUCCUUACAAAUUAAUUCUAGGGGGAGCCUGGGCUUGGGUUCAUCACUAACACACACACACACACACACACACACAGUUGAGACUGCUGUGAGAUGCAUGGAAGUACAUGAUUGUUCUAUACUCAAGAUUUCUUUUAUCUUUUGAUCCACUUUUGAUAAAGAUUGAUGUAAUCCUGUUGGAUUGUGGUAGAGUUUUAAAAUUAUUUUCUGAAGUUACCAGAUAAAGUAUUUUAGUUUUAUUGUGAUACACAAGGUAGUCCUCUAACUUUUAUGAUCUUAUUUGUAAAUAAUCAAGUUAUUUUUCUUUAAGAUAGAUGCCAUUACUUUUGAAUUUCACAUUAUUUGAAACUCGAUUGUGAAUUUGGUCGUGAGUUGAACAAGAGAUUAAUAGGUACAGCAAAGAUUUUAAGUUCCUAUUUUUUUGUUUUCUGCAGCCAUUAUCCCUCAGAGUGAAUUACUUAAAGAGUACAAAUUGAACAUUUCAAUAUUAAAACCAGAUGGUUGUAAUUUUCAAAACUUUUAGUAGGACUAAAAGAUUAAUGAAUGCAUCAUUUUCCCUUCGCACUCAAGAUUGUCAGUACAUAUGAGAUUUGAGGAAGAACGGGGCAUUAGUGCUUGAUGGUUUCUGGGGAAAAUACAGAUUGAGUGAAUCAGUGCCAGUUAAUUAGCAAGUAGAAUCACAGUUUAUUUUAUAGGUUUUAAAUAAAAGUAAUAUACUUUCUUGUUCAUUUGAAAAAUUUACGAUUGAUAUAUGUAUAUUGAGAUACAAUCAACAUUACUUGUUUAGCUGACAAUUAUCAAUAGAAGAAUAAAGUUGCAAAUUUGAUUCUUAAAUACCGUAAACAAAAUUCACCAGUGAUGUAAUUUCAUUGAAAGCAGCUACAGUAAUUUCAGUGUUUUUUAUGUAGAAUAAUCUUAAAAUAUUUUAAGAAUUCUAUAUAUUUUUUUAUUUUAUCUAAGCAUACAUAUUACAUGAGGGAUCUAAUGAUUAGGUGAGUUCACAGUAUUAUAUUUGAGUGAUAAACUAUAUUUAUGAUGUUUGGUUAAGUUGGGAAAGGGGGUUCAAAUGUGAUUUUGAAAUGUUUGUGAUAAAUGGCUUUAUAGUUGAUGUGUGUGAUUUUAGUCAUUAAGAACAAAGCACUUACUCUCAUAAUGUAGAUGGCCUAGUCAUGAGAAAACCAUUACCAUUAUGGUUGUGUAUGUGCGCCCACACCCAUUUCUUAAUGGGCUAAGGAAAGGGUAUUUAGUGUCCUUUUUCUUUUUGACUGAUUGUAUACACACAAAGAAAAAAAAAUUUGCAAGUUGCCCCUCUUUCAGAAGUAUUACAUUACCAAAAGAGCUGCUGUUAGCAGAAUUUGAAAUAAAAAUAAAUUGACAAGUUGAAAUAUCAAUAAAUUGACUGAAGCUUCUACUAGUAUAGAGGUCAACAAUUUUCCUGAUAUACUGAGUUAUAGGUAUUAAAUUAAGUCAAAGUGAUUACUUGACCUUAAAGUGUUUUAUGAGAAGGGAAAAUAUUAAUCUUGAUAAUUUUAUCAACUUAACUGUGUAUAUGCAUGGAUUUUUCCUUAUGUAUAUUUUUUUUUUGCUCAAUAUCUCUUUGGUCUCUUACAUACAUUUUAAGUGGGAGUUACACACAGCACUGUUAGUUACAACUUAGCAUUUGUGUUAUGAACAAGUAACAAUCAAAAUAAUUUUAAUACUUUUUACAUUAAAUUCAUGUUUUAUUGUAUGCUAAUAUGACAUGAUUCAUGUGGUUUCAGAUGUUAUAAAAAUAGUUGAUAAAUCUUUAUUAUAAUGCAAGGAUCAAUGGUAUAGGUCACUAACAUUACAAUACUAUUCAUUGACUGAUAUUUGAAAAGGAACUGUGUGAGUUUUCUUAACACAUUUGGUGAUAUGUAAUCAACAAAGUUACAGUUGUGCAGUAAUUCCAAACAUUCCCACUACAUGUUAUGUGAAAUGGUUAUUGAGUGUACUGUAGAUACAAAAGUGUGUUUUAGUGAAGCUGUUAAAGAAUUGGUAUAUGUUUCAAAACUAUAUCUGUUGUAAUGUUUUUAAUUAAAUACAAAUACAACAUUAGACUGAAAUGUUGAUGCCUAUCAAAACAGUCCUCCAUUAGUUUUAUUAUGACUUGAAAAUUCAGUCUAUUAAAUUUCUGGUAGUAUAUUAAAUUUCUGGUAAAGUUAAAAUGUAUCCAGCAAAACUUAAGAAUUCCAGUUAUAUUAGACAAAAACAUAAUCUGCCAACAUAAAACAUCAUUGUGUUCCACGUGUGAGCGCAUCCAGUUCAGUAUUUUCAAGACAGGAAUUUGGUUUCAUAAAAUCUAAUACAGUGGUACCUUGACUUAUGAGUUUAAUUUGUUCCGUGACAGAGCUCAUAACUCAAAUUGCUUUUAUGUAAAAUUAAUUUUCUCCAUUGAAAUGAAUUGAAAUGCCAUUAAUCCAUUCCAGUCCCCCAAAAAACAAUUUUUUUUGUUACAUGUUUUAAAUACAGUAAACUGUGGAUAUUUUUUUGUUAUAUGUUUUUAAAUAUAGGAAACUGUUGAUAUAACAAACCUCUGUUUACUGAAUUUCUGGUAUAAUGAACCCUUUAAGGCUAUCGAAUGCUCGUCUUAUUUUAUGAAACUUCGCAGAUCACAGCAUAUUUCAAAAUUAUCGAAUGAUUGCUAUAUUUUACAAACCAUCCUAGGCCUUAAAAUGUAGAAGAGUUGGCUGACACACAGUCAACUGCAUGUUUGAGAGAUGAAUUGUAGCUGUGUAAGAGCCAGUGAGUGACCUUGACAAUGGUCGAUGACACUCUCUCUCUCUCUCUCUCUCUCUCUCUCUUCUCUAUGUAUUCAUUAUAUUGAGGGUUUACUGUAAGAAAAUGUAUUUAUAAAUAGCAAAUGUAUAAAAACAUGAAGUGAAUGAGUGAGAUGAGAAAUGCUGGUCAGAUGUUGUGGCACUUGCUGUGCCAACUAGCUGCGGCAUAGCUGAAGCUUGCUUUUAUCUCGGAUUUUGGCUCGCAAAUUAAAUAAAAAUUUUUUUUCAUGCUACAGCUUGUAUCUCAAAAAACUUAUAAGUUGGGGCACUCCCAAGUCAAGGUACCAAUGUACUAUAUUACAUAUCAUGGUUAUUAGUGUAUUUUCUAAUGAAUUUCCAUGUGUCUGCAAAAUAAACAGUAACAACUAACCUGCAGCACAGUAAUUCCAUGUUUUUGCAGGUAUCCAUUUGUGCUCUUAAGGCCAUGCUGCUAAAAUGGGUCAGGUGAUGAAUGAAUCAUGGGUCACUCAACCUGAAACUAUAGCAGUCAAAAUUAUCUUAUUUUCAAAAGUAGUAAAGUAGUAUAAUCAAAAUCAGGCUAAAGGUAAGGUUCUGAAAGUAAGAAUAAUGAGAAAGAAUGAUGCAAGUAACAAGAGAAGCUCACCAUUUGUAAUUUUUACAAUGCUACUUUUGCUUAAUGCUUAAGUUAAGAAUAAAGCCACUCCAUGGACUAAGUUUCAGCAGUUCCCACACAGAUGGCAAGACUAUUGCAUAAAUGACACAGAAAUGAUACUCAAGCAGUUAUUGUAAUAAAGAACUGCAAUAAUGUCAUUCUAACAGCAGCAAUCAGCCACAGAAAAAUAAAGGACAGUCGAGAGCCACGUGCUUGCUGGAGUGAUGAAUUACCAACUAUUUGCAAGAGUUGGUGGCUCCAGGUCAUGCACUAUGAAUGCCUGAAUGCUUUGUCUAUCAUUCACUAAGGAACUGAGUGAUUUUACACCAUAGCUCAAAUCUAUAUCACAAAAAACUAGGCAUGAAAUAUUGUGGUAAAAAUAUCUAAGUGGCUAAAUUUCUCUUAUCAUGGGGUGCCUAUCAGUGAAACUAGUCAACCAAGGAAAUUUGUAAAGAAUAUACAUACUUGCUUUAGAGGACUACUGAUAUGUACCAAAUGUCUACCCAUGGAAAAGUUGAUCACAUCUAAGAUAGUUCACAGGAAACUUAAAGAAAUUAACUGAAGGCUUAUAUUAAAUUAGCUAUUAAGCUAUAAAAGACUAUGAAGAAACUACUGAGAGCUUUUGGAUAAUGGCAAAUGUAACAGAUCUCUAUAUGAAUGAAAUAUGGUAGCAAGAAAAGCUCAUGAUGAAGUAGGAGGACUACAGCUGAAACAUUACAAUAAUAAAGUACUACUACUACAUACUGGGUUUCCUCUUGCCAUCACAUUCCACUCACUAGUCAUAAAUUCACUAUGUGUUACUUAAAAAUAAGAAAAGCGAAAAAAAAAUAUAUAUACAUAACACGGAUAACUUAUAGAGUUAGCAACAUAAUUCAUGAUGUCACUUAUAAAAACAUUGUGUUGUCUGACAUCAUUGGAAUUCCAACAUAGUCAUUUAUAACACUGCUCUUGUUUUGUAGUGUGUAACUGUAGAAAAAAUGCAAUUAUGUUGUAGUAAAGAUAGACAAACAUGCAAUACCAUAUAGAAAUCCUUUGUUUCAAAAUUUUUUGGAAAUACUUUAUUAUAUGAAUGGAGGACUGUACACCUUUUAUUUGAGGUCUUCUGGGUUAUGGGGCAAUUAUUUAUUAAAGGUUACUGUUGCUAGUAUACUUUCAAGAAUGAAUCACAAAACUGGUAAACACAUGUGAAAGUGUGCUUUGUAUGCACUCUCCACUAGUCCUUGCCUUCACAUGCACUGCAGCAGUGAUAUAUACAAGGGUUUGUGUAAAAUAAAUUCUCAAUAUUUAAACGUUGAAUCUUGCCCACAUUUCAAGGCACUUAUUAAUUUUUAUCACAAUUUGAUAUGAAGAAUCAAUUAAAGUAAUAUAAGAUUG